GUGCGAGACACGGCUUUCACGGGGACGAAGCAGGCAGGGCGGGUCGGCGUGGACUUGGCCAAGUCGGGGGUGAACUUGCUCAACAGGGCUGCCACGGGGGCGACCGGGACGCUGAAGACGGUGCUCCAGGAGUCAGCCGGGCGGGUGCUCCAGGCCUUGCCCAAGACCCCCAUCCUCACCCCGAUCAUCGAGAUGCCCUAUGACAUGGCCCACAGCACCCUCGACGCCCUCACCGAGAUGGCCAACGACUCCGCUCAGAACACGCACAACAUCCUCGACAAGUUCCGCCCGGACGUCCCGGAUGAUGAAAACCCAUGAGACCUAUCACUCGCACAGCUUCAGAUUCUCUUUCUCCUCUUCCAACGCCCAAAUGAUAAGUGAAUACCAGUGCCGGUUCUUGCAAGUUGGCAACUGUUUUUUCUCCAUCUGCAUGUUAAACAAUCGACUCUAGUUAAGGCAGUCUGUCUCACUUAGAAUCGAUGUAUUCAGUGGAGUUGAAUGGAGAAUGAACUGUGUUGCCAACUUGUUGUAAUCGAUAUUGGUCAAUGUCGACAGUGAACAAUCGAAUCGUUUUCAUUUACUUGACUCAGGGUCGUAUGCAUAGUCGUUCCUUAAACAGAUCCUUUUUUUUAGGAGGCCACAUUUGGUGUACAUCGUGAUUAAGGGAAAUUUAAGGAAGCCCUGAUUAUAAAAAGGACAAUUUUCUCCCAUCUCGAGUAAAAUUUGGCGGUAGGUAUAAAUUUUGAAAUGAAUUAUUGCAAAGGAGUUCAAUGAUUUGAUUUACAAAGAAUACAAAAUACGAAACAAAAUACACUGCAAGUUUUAUACAUUUUUAGAAGGUAGGUGUAAAUGUUAAAGUUUGUUAAAAUCAUGUAAUUUUUUCUUCCGUAUUUUGGACCUUUCGAAGCGAAAAAUCAUCGUAUAUCUUGCAUGGAUCCAUUUUCGAAGUUAUACCGCUGAAUUUCACUUCAAAAUGAGCAAAAAUUGUCCUUUUCGUAAAACUAUUUCGAGGGCUUCCUUAAUCCUCCGUUAAUCACAAUGUUAAUCAAAUGAGGCCCGGAUCGACCUGGAAUACGACCCUCUCAAAUACACGGUACAGUGACAGUGGCGUGGCGUGCUUUGCGAUAUAUCGAUUGCUCUGCCAUUUAAAACAAUUGAAAAGGGUCGAUAAACAGGGCGCUCUCAACGAACACCUUGAUAAUCGAUUCUCUAUCACAGCUUCAAAUGAGGAAAUAUCGAUAAUCGAUCAUUAACGCCUCGCCACUGUACACUGAUUAAAAAAACUUGAGCGUAUGAAUUGAAGUUUGGCGGUUUCUUAUCGCACAAAUUAUUUGGUUUGUUUAAUCGAAAUCUCGAUUUGCCAUACCAAGUGUUCGGUUCAUGUGCUCGCACUUUUGGAAUAAACCGAACUGAAAAAAAUGGGUUUGGUACCUUCUUUCUAACCUUCGAUCAUAAAAAUCAACAUUUGGUUGUACGAAUCAUCAAUGCGGGUUGACGGGCUGGAUUUGUCCGAUCGAUAUGGAAAACCGAACUUCGAUUUAUAUGAUUGACUUUUUUAGUGUAGAUUCCUAGUUACCCAAGAUUUUCGGCACUAAUUCCUUCUCCGCUUUUAAACGAAAGUCAGAGGUAAUACCAUAUGAUAAACAUAAAAAAAGUAUAAUUUUUGUAAAUGUUUCCAAUAUUGGACCAUUGUUGUAAAUUAAUUGUCAUUUUAUUCCACGACGGUUAGCAGCAUGGUCAUUUUUGUCGGAAUCUUGAGUUUACUGCUGUGCUUCCUAGAAAUGUAAAUAUUUAUUUACAAUAAUAUAUUUGGGAAAUAAAUCAAAGACACAACAAAAAACUUAAACACGCAGCUGAUCAUAUUCAUAUACCAUAUUUCAUUGACGCAGACCAACAAACAUCAACCUUAUCCUCAUCCCACGGUAAGAUUCCAUCAAGAUGCACCGCACUGUUAUCCGUCGGAAACUAUUUAUUCAUUUAUAUAAUUUCUGGUAUUGUUUCGAAUGAACCUUAUUUUUUAUGAUUUAUCCUGUCCAAAUUAAAUGAGUGUUUUUAUUUUUAAA